CACAUUUUGGAGACACUCACUUACAUUAGGCUCGAACAUGUGGCCAGGGAAGGAACAAUGGAACGGCUGAAGUUGCCUCCUCUGAUUUAGGUCCUGAAUACAGAAAUUUGCUCAUGUGGAGCUACUUGAGGCCGAAUCUUCAGUUAGAGCUACGAUUCACGACCAACAAAGAGACGAUAAAUGUCUGAAUUAAUACUUCAGAACUGACUUUUAAUAGAUUUUUAUGUGUCGACUGGAGCACCGAACAUAGAGACUUGAGAGUCAUGUCUGGGGACAAAAGCACCCUCGCCUGGAGGAGCAUGUCUCCAACCAGAGACCCCUCCACAGAUGAGUCUCCUGUGGUGAGACCCAGUGGCAGCCCAGUGAAGAUCAUCAAAGUGUGUUUCCUUAGCAACAACUGCAACCUUAGCAAGAACUUCAAACUCGUCCGAUGUGAAGAUGGAAACACGGUCAAGGACAUUAUCCACAUAGUGCUUUCCAGCGGGUGUGUCGGCCCGAACAUCAAGCACAUCCUCUGCUAUGGCCUACUCCUCAAACAUCUCAAGUCACCAGAGAAACACUGGCUUCACCCCGACUUGACCGUGUCUGAGCUCACCCAGCGCUACGAGCAGCAGCACCUGGAGGCCGAGUGGAGAUAUGACCUCAGAAUUCGAUACAUCCCCUCAAAAUUCAGUGAAAGGUUUCAAGAUGACAAGACAACAAUGGUCUACUUCUACCAGCAGGUACGGAGUGACUACAUGCAUCAGUACGCCUCAAAGAUGAGUGAUGGCAUGGCUUUACAGCUUGGUUGUCUGGAGAUAAGGCGAUUUUAUAAAGACAUGAACCCAAAGGGGCUGGAGAAAAAGUCAAACUUUGAAUUGCUAGAAAAGGAGGUUGGGUUGGACCUUUUCUUCCCUGAAGAACUCAUCAAAAGCAUGAAGCCCAAGCAGCUGCGGCGGCUGAUUCAACAGACGUUCGAGAACUACUCAACUCUGAACCAGGAGCAGUGCAUGAGCAAGUUCUUCAGCACUCUGUCUCAGUGCUACAGCUUCACUGAAGAGAGUUUUGCUUGCCAAUUAGUGCACGGGUGGAAAGUCAACAUCGAACUUGUCAUCGGCCCUGAAGGCAUCAGUCAACAAACAGAGAACUCAACUCCGGUCUGCAUGGCUACCUUCAGUAAGGUGAGGAGCAUUAGCUGCUCAGCAGAGAGCAGUGGCUGCACUCUGGUCUCCGUCAACAUCGAUGGAGCCCAACAGCCACUGACAGUGAGCACAGUAUCAUUGUCUGUAGCAGAAAACAUGGCUGACCUCAUUGAUGGCUACUGUCGCCUGGAAGGUGCUGAGAACUCGCUCAUCUCCAAGCAAAGUAGAGGGCGAGACAAAAGAAUCAAAUUGCCAGACAUUCCAAAUUGCAGGACUCCCAGUGUCUCUAAUAGAGAUUCAGAUAUUUACGCAGAGAUACCCGAAUACACCUUGGCCAAUGAUGGGAGGCAUUGUAUUUCCAGAGAUGACGUCAUUGUUGGACGGAUCCUGGGCGAGGGCUUCUUUGGAGAGGUCCAUGCCGGAGUUUACAAAGGCCAUGAUGGAGAGCGGAUUAACGUGGCCAUCAAAACAUGCAAAGACUGUUCUCCAGAAGUGAAGGAGAAGUUUCUCAGCGAAGCAGCAUUGAUGAAAAAUCUGGAUCACAGUCACAUCGUCCGACUGAUAGGUGUCAUUGAAGUUGACCCAGUUUGUAUUGUGAUGGAGCUGUAUGCUCUCGGAGAGCUGGGUAACUACUUGGUGGAGCACCAGUUGGACCUGUCUACUGAAACGCUGACCCUCUAUUGUCUUCAAAUCUGCAAGGCUCUGGCCUACCUGGAGGGUCUUAAUAUGGUGCACAGAGAUAUAGCAGUGAGAAACGUCCUGGUGGCAUCACCUACUCAUGUCAUGCUCGGCGACUUUGGUUUGUCUCGCUACAUGGAUGACCAGGAGUAUUACAAAGCUUCUAUUUGCCGUUUACCAAUCAAAUGGAUGGCUCCAGAGUCCAUCAACUUCAGAAGAUUCACUACAGCCAGUGAUGUCUGGAUGUUUGGAGUGUGUGUGUGGGAGAUCUUCUCGGUGGCCCAACAGCCUUUCUUCUGGCUAGAAAACAGUGAAGUGAUAAACCAGCUUGAGUCAGGAGUCCGUCUCCCUAAACCCCAAUCGUGCCCUCCUAUGGUCUACUCGAUGCUGACCAAAUGCUGGUCCUACAGUUCACACAACCGGCCUGCCUUCUCCGAGCUUGUCUGCUCACUGAGUGAAAUUCACAGACUGGUGGUGGACCAGGAGGAGAGAUCAGGCUCUGCCCUAACGUUGGCAGGCUACAGUCUUGCACAACCACCUCCAAAGCCUUCAAGAAUUCCAGGAAACACACUUCCCAAGAGCACCUAUAGAAUGAGCCAAAUGAUGGAGCAGCCUCAAGUGGAGGACACCUUGGAAAGACAGAGGAGAGAGAUGAUGAUGGACAGACAAUGGCUGGAGCGGGAAGAGAAACAAAUGGAUCUUGCAGUGCAGUUGGAGUCCCACACCAAGUCGGUUCUUCCCUUGCAGCCACCUGUCACAAACUCCGAGAGAGACCCUCCUGUGAAGCCUCCCACACCGGCCGCAGCUACAAAGCCUCAGCCCACAGCUGAACUGGACCGGUCAGAUGACCAGGUCUACAUCGGUGUCAUGGCGAUGGUCAGACAAGUGGUCCAGCUGAAGAACAGCAUUAGCACACUUCAGGUGUCAGAGUAUCCUGAUGCUGUCAAAGCCAUUGGUGUCAGUCUCUGUAGUCUGAUUCAAAGUGUCGACGAGAUCCUUCCAGCGCUGCACAGCUCUGCCACCACAGAGAUUGAAGGAACUAAGAAACUGCUGAACAAGGACUUAGCGGAGCUGAUCAACAAGAUGCGACUGGCACAGCAAAAUUUUGUCACGACUCUGAAGGAGGAGUGCCUACGGCAGAUGCUGGCAGCUUCUCACACACUCGCCCUCGACUCCAAAAACCUCCUGGAUGCAGUGGAUCAGGCGAGAAUCCGAGCCAACCUGGCCAAGCCCAAGCCUGCUGCGUGUACAGAUGAUUCCGGGGACUGACCCUGCAACACGUACUGUAUGUUCUCAUUCACACCAUCCAGAAAUGACUCUGCUUGACGACAAGUUACAAAUGGUUUUAUAUACACAACACAUGAUGUAAUAAUAUUUUUUAGCUUUGCAAUUCUCCUUUGCAGUAAACCUGACAGCAGUUGUUUUUUUGUAUAUAGUUAGCCGCUCACUCAUGUUUUAACAAUUGGUAUACUGGAAUUUGAGGUACAAAGAAAUUGAAAUCCCGUUUGAAUUAAAGCUGAAUUAAAACCAUAAGAAUGACAUAUUUUUUAUUUUUUUAUGAGAGGGGUCAUCAUACUAUCUGGACCCACUGAAGUGAACAGUACAUAAAAUGAGGACCUUGGCCGAGGUGCACUGUCCUAGACAUUUCUUGUUACUAUAUUGGUGAUGAACUGCCAAAAAUUUGUGCAACAUAUAAUAAAGGGCCAUAUUAUGGUUUGCCGUGUGUAAAGAAAUAUGAUUCCAGAAUGCUUACUUGAAUGAGAACGGAGAUGCAUGCAUGUAUUUAGUAAUUUAAUUUAAAAAUAAGAUUCAUUAGCCCUCUUCGAAGGCUCUCUGUAUGUAAUGUUUUUUAAGCAACCGCCAGGUGGCACCAAACUCCGGUGAAUCCGGUGUCUCAAGUGAAUACUCGGUCAUAUUAGAACAUCAACUCCUUUUCAAUACAUAAAGCAGCUAUAAUGACAACUAUAACGUUCUCAGUUUUGUUUAAAUCAAUGAAAAAAGUUGAUUUAAGCGGGGAACAGAAACACUCCCGUUUUAUUGUAGAAUCUCAGAGUAGAAAACAUUAGAAAUGUCUGAAAUUAUGAACUAAUGUUAAGCUGUAGUUCACUUAAGUGAGAUGCAAGAAGGGCAACAAGACACAAAAAUGACAGAUAUUCCAUAGUAGGAGCUGCAAUCUUAGAUUUGUAUAUCUGCCUCUACUCAGUCGGGAACUAUUUUAUCAACUCAUUUCUGAUGAGAAGUUCCUGUCGGAAGGAAAAAGGAAAACCGAUUCACUUGGAAAGUGAGAUCAGAAAUAAUUAUGUAAAUGCACCAAAUGAUUAAAAACAGUUUCAAAACUGUCAUAUUGUUAUGUUGAGCCCCUCCCAUCCUUCACAAAAUAAUUACAAAAUAUAUAACAAUAACUACUGUUGGAGACACAAGACUUCUAGGUGUCAUAAAAGCUGAACACAUAAUUUAUUGACGUGAUUGUGAUGAGACAAAAAAUAAAGAAUGUCUCCUCUAACACAUUGUAAAUACUCCAUGACAAAUUAUAUGACAGUUGUAUGGCCAUUAUAUAACAUGUUAUAUAUACGUUAUUGUUAGAUUAUUUGAGAGUCAGUCAAUAUUUCUUCUUAGAUGAUCGAGAGAUUGAAAAGGAGAAGAGUGAUGAGCAGUUCAUAUAAUUCCUGACCCUUAUUCCCACUUUCCCUAUUUUUUCCGAACAGUGUUGCUUGUGUAUGUGUGGGGUCCUUUAUGUAGUGUGUCAUUUUUGUGUUACAGUCGCUAUGUUUUUGAUGACGGACAGUCUAUUAUUUCUGAUCUUUCUCUCCAGUAGUCGGACUAAGUUGUUUACAUGCAUUUUAAGAGACCAAUUUUAGCUGGACUAAUGCAAUAAUUCGGUUUUCUGGGCUGUCAUGUCACUGUCAACACUGCUGAUACCGAGGGUCUGUAUAAAACCAUUGUGUCACCCUCAACAGCUCUGCAUGUCAACUACGCAAACAGACACCAAAAAGGACAGAAAAACUAGUUGCAUAAGAAAACUGUUCACUGUUGUGAGCUGAGACUGCAGCUUUAUAAUUGUCAUUUCAUUCUCACAAAGAUAUUACUGCAAUAUUUAUUUCUCUCAAAGAAAAACAUACCACGACAGGAACAUGAAACAAAAAUCAAGUGGCAUUUACACAUGACAUUAAACUGGAUGUACAUGUUUGCACAAGAUGAAGUGGGUGAAUACCAGUUGUCAUGUGAAAGCAUCAGACUGCACAACAAAGUCUGCUCAUGUCAG